AUGCCCGCCCCCAGCCGAGAAGCAGCCUUUCUCGUUUGUAACUUACACAAAACCUCGACAGUCAUGCCGAAACGCAAAGCCAGUGACAAUACAUCCCGGGCCCAGAAACGUCCAAAGCCCAUAGUGCUGACUGUUCUGGAAUUGCGCAGCUUGUUAAAUCCCUACAACGACGAAGAUUCAGCCGAUGUCAUAUUCGAAGACCAGAAAAAUCAUGCAACUCUCCAACGACUGUAUGAGUCCCUUUGCCGCCGUUUCACUGUCAGAAAUAGACCUGACGGAUUGAGAGCAAAAGUAAUCGACAACAUCAAGACGUCUAAUCUCGAAAUCGCGAUAUCAAUUUCCAGCCAGUUUUCGACCUGGGAACAAGGACCUUAUCAGUUCUGGUGGCCAGAGCCACCUCAAUCAAUCGCACCAAAAUAUCCGCAUGGCAGUUAUCGUCAACGAUUUUUCAAAGCCGCCAUAGAGCAGCGCAGGCAACUACAGGUUCGAAGAGUUCUGGGAAGAUUCACGAGCAUCGCUAUGUACUUGGCCUUCCAGCGAUUUAUGGGCUGUGAUGUCACACAAGAGACCGUCGCGUCUUGCAAAUGCAUUAUCACAGCUGGAAAGCGUCGAAUAGCGUUUUGUGACGAGCUCGCACGACACGGUGACGCCACACCACAACCCCGACGGUCGCACCAUACAACUGCAGCCAAUGAGGAAAGCCAGAAUGGAGAGACGGAGGAGUCUGAGGACGACUGGUAUAGAGAACCGAGUGGCAAAUACUACAAACGUACACUAGGAAUUUAUUUCCUAGAUAUCAUACCUGAUUCGAUCUGCGAUGAAGGGAAGUCUUUGCGGAAGAGAGACCUCGAUGCGAGCGUGGAAGCACUUCGUUCCAUUAAAGCACUUGACUGGUUAGCGAAAUCUAAAACCGAACGCUUGGCAAAUUUGUUGCUUGACUAUCAGCACGAGCUGCUUUGGACUACACAAGGCACAACAUCUGCCGAUAAAGGCGCCGCCAACCCUGCUGGGAUGGGUAAUCGACAACUUCACCAGCAUGGAAACGUCUCUGCGCCAGAACGUCGACCAAACUGCGUGGCAUCGACAACUUCGACAAUGGCACAACCCUCUGUAUCUGGAAUGAUGAGUCUGCUCACGGCAGCACGAAUAACGGAGACACUGGAAGACGAUACGAGCUCUCCCUCGUGGGGUCCAGGAACCCAAACAUAUUCUAUGCCAUCAGAUACUGGCUUCCUUGAGAGGCCAUUUGACAGGCGUGAUUCAGUUGGAACUAACGCCAGGCCAGCUGAGGGUACUUCUGACUAUUACAUGGACUUGAAUCAAAUCGACUGGUUCUCCAGGAGCAGCAACGUUGCUGGCGAUACAAUCGAUUACCCGAUGCAGCCUGUUUCCUUCGAUGUGAACGCCACCUGCCAAAUGAGUUCCUUGGAAUCCCAAGACGCCAACUAUCAUGUAGAUGCUGGUUCUGUCAACUGGUUCUUGGGCGGCAGGUUACCAGAGGUUAUCGAGCAAUGA